AUGGAGAAUCAUCAUCCUUCAACCCUUUUGUCCAUGGAUUUAAGUGCCUCAGCAUGUGACGAACUAGAUCACAAGAUGAAUCGCCUGGUUGUUCGUCCACCAGAUAUCAAUUUACCCCCUUUAGCCGAGCAAACACCCCCUCCACAAUCUUGGAACCCUGAAAAGUGUGAUAUUCUUGAUGCCAGACUAGGUUCUCAAAUUUAUGAGACUGCAAGUUUUCAGAGCGUGCCCAAGUUUGUGAAGAAAUGUGGGAAUAGAACGGAUAGCGUCUGGGGUGCAUGGUUCUUCUUCAACUUCUACUUUAAGCCAGUCAUGAAGGAGAAAUCGAAGGUAAAGAUCAUACUUGACGGUAAUGGGGUUUCUAGUUUUGAUAAAUCUAAUCUUGAGGUCGAAGGUUUUUUGGUUCAACAUGAUAUGGAGAAUAUCUACAUGUGGGUUUUCAAGGAAAAGCCUGAGAAUGCUCUGGGUAAGAUGCAGUUGCGGAGUUAUAUGAACGGGCAUUCUCGUCAAGGGGAUCGACCCUUUCCAUUUAGUGUUGAUAAAGGUUUUGUUCGAUCCCAUAGGAUGCAACGUAAGCAUUACAGGGGUCUGUCUAACCCUCAGUGUAUUCAUGGCAUUGAGGUUGUUCCUUCACCCAAUCUCACGGAUCUUGAUGAAGAUGACCGCAGAAGAUGGGCAGAACUCACGGGAAGGGACCCGAACUUCACCAUCCCACCUGAAGCAAGUGACUACAGUUUGUGGAGAAAUAUGCCAACCACUGAAUUCGAACUCGAGAGGUCACCUCCUCCAAUAAACAGUAAUCUAUACACCUACUCAAAGAAGUUUCUUAACAAAUCUGCACUACAUCUAUCGACUCAGCCUGCCAAUCAUAGGAAUGGGGAUGUGAUUGAUCUAUCACCCGUUGGUAGCAAGAGAAAGAAGGGUUUCGUCUCACUUGGAAACGAAGAUGAUUGUUAUUUGGCAAAAAGUGCACCUUCAGAUCGAAUCUCUGGUAUGGAAAUUCAUUGUGAACCACACUGGCUAAAGGAAUUCAGCGGGGUGCUCAGGAAUGUUUAUGGACCAGUUACAGCUGCCAAAACAAUCUACGAAGAUAAAGAAGGUUUUCUGAUUGUAAUCAGCUUGCCAUUCGUUGAUCUUCAUAGAGUCAAAGUUUCAUGGAGGAACACACUCACUCAUGGAAUCAUCAAGGUGUCUUGUAUCAGUAUGUCCAGCACACCGUUUAUUAAGAGGCGCAACAGGACUUUCAAGCUUACAGAUCCAUCUUCAGAGCACUGCCCUCUUGGAGAAUUUGUUAGAGAAAUCCCACUUUCAACCCGAAUUCCAGAAGAUGCUAAUAUAGAAGCAUACUAUGAUUGGCCACAAACAAUACUUGAGAUUUUGGUGCCAAAACUCCGUGAGGGACCAGAAGAACAUGAAGUCCGUGUUUGCCUUUGUCCCAACCUUGGGAACGACAAUCUUACAUUGACCUAG